AUGACUGGCAGGGAUCCUGUGUCCAACAUGUGGCUGCGUUUACAGAGUGUUCAGCUGCAGCGGCUGGUGCUGAGCACAGGUGUGUCCCUCCCCAGGCGCUUCCCUCUUACAGACACUCAUCUGAUUAAACAUGUGCCUCCUGGACAGAGCGGAGCCACUGUGAAUGUGAUGGACUGGCUGAGUGCGCAGCAGGUGCCACCUGUGCCCUUACUCUUCAGAAUACUCCUCCUGGUCCUCAUGUCUGUGUGGCAACUCACGGCAGAUGCAUGA